AUAAUCUAUGGUGUAUUAAAAAAUUGAAGUUGGUUUUACCAUUGGUUAGAAAAGUUGCGUUUUUAGAUUUAUCAUGGCUGUAUUGCUGUUUUAAAUUUCUAGUCUAGAAAACGUGCCUCCUAAACGUUAAAUAUACGUACCGUGCAAAGACAAUUAGAUAUUAUAAUCAAUUAUAUGAGUACGUGCUCUCGUUUGACAAAUUGCGCUAGACCGCAUAUAUAAAAUGGCAGCCCUACCACGUAGAAUAAUCAAAGAGACUCAACGAUUAAUGCAGGAACCGGUGCCGGGAAUCAGCGCCGUGCCGAGCGAGAACAACGCUCGUUACUUCCACGUAAUCGUCACCGGCCCGGAGGAUUCUCCGUUCGAAGGUGGGCUGUUCAAAUUAGAAUUAUUCCUGCCCGAGGAUUAUCCCAUGUCAGCACCUAAGGUUAGAUUUAUUACGAAGAUAUACCAUCCGAACAUCGACCGGCUGGGGCGCAUAUGCCUAGACAUCCUCAAAGACAAGUGGAGUCCGGCGCUUCAGAUCCGCACCGUCCUGCUGUCUAUACAGGCGCUGCUGUCGGCGCCCAACCCCGACGACCCGCUGGCGAACGACGUUGCGGAGCUGUGGAAAGUGAACGAGAGCGAGGCCAUCCGAAACGCCAAGGACUGGACGAGGAGAUACGCCAUGGACAACUGAGCGCCCGCCCCCGCGGCCGGUGCUCGCUCCUCGCGCUUCACGAAGUGGACGAAACUAACACACGUAAUAUCAUGAUUUAAGAGUGCAAGUUAUUUUUACAACUUAGACCGAGUAACUUGUGAGAGACAUUUGUGAAUAAAUUUUUUAUUGGCAGAGUCUGGCAGCGCUGCCGUGCUGCGGUCUACACAUCCAGGUUAUUUCUUUGCAUUUCUUAGCCCGCCUUCUGUCUCGGCUUAGUCCAGUACCGGUUUCGGUUUCCCUCACCUUUAGCUUCUCGUAAUAGUUAGGUAUGCAUAUUUUUUUACUGUAAUCGAAGUAGUGAUAUGUAAGUCCCGAGACGACAAUGUAUAUAUGUAAUAAUUAUUAAAAUUGGUUAAUUUUUUACAAAGGAUGUACGGUGUCGCAGAGUUCAAUGCCUUUGUAUAGCUCUUAUCAAGAUAAUAUACAAACAUAAUAUGUAGUAUCAGUUUACUGAUCCCUAAAGAUACUGAUUGUUUUCAUAGAACAAGGAGAAAGAUAAUUUAUUUUACAGUGAAUGUCACUUUCAAAACAUUUGUGUCCCCAUAACAUUAUGUAUUGUAUAAAAUUUCAAUAAAUUGUAUUUAUACAAGUUUAUUUUGGCUUUGUGAGUAAUAGCAAAAUACACAAUAAACAAACGCUAACCAAUAUUUUAUUUUAAAUUAGAACAUGUACUGCAUUUAGGCUCAAACUUGCAUUGGAGCAAAGAGUGGAUCAAAUAAAAACACUUAGAGGUUAAGUAAUACGACCAUCUAGCACUCUUGUGUGCCACUCCUGCGACAUGGGCUAUAUUGUUAGGGUAACAUAGAUAGUUCAAAUAUUAAUUAAACCAAAUUGAUGAAAUUGAUACAACUGCAGUCUCAAUUUUAAACAAACAAAGAAUACAUUUUAAAUACUUUGUUGAAUAUAUUAUUUUCAUAGGCAAAUUCCUUUCCGGAGAUUUGUGUUAUGUUAUUGUUUUAAAGCUGAAUACUGUUUAAACUUGAAUAAAGCUUUUUGAAUAGACCAUAG